AUGGAAGAAGAAGGUGUGAGGUUUUUUGGUUACUUGUGCAUGAGGUACAUGAAGUUUGCCUGCAUAAUCAGCUCGUUAUUUGUGUACGUCUUCAAUGUAGCCAUUGAGAAGGACUGGAGGGCUGAGAAGCAGCAGCUUAAAAAUUUUGUCAGGAGCCCUCUUGACAGAGCCCAAGCAGCCAAGAACAAAGGAAACAAAUUUUUUAAAGCAGGGAAAUAUGAGCAAGCUAUUCAGUGUUAUACUGAGGCUAUCAGCCUGUGCCCUCCUGAGAAAAACCUUGAUCUUUCUACCUUCUAUCAAAAUAGAGCUGCUGCCUAUGAACAACUGCAAAAAUGGACAGAAGUGGCACAAGACUGCACAAAGGCUGUUGAGCUUAAUCCUAAAUAUGUAAAAGCUCUCUUCAGACGCGCAAAGGCUCAUGAGAAGCUAGACAAUAAGAAGGAAUGUUUAGAAGAUGUCACUGCAGUCUGCAUUUUAGAAGCCUUCCAAAACCAGCAAAGUAUGUUAUUAGCUGAUAAAGUUCUUAAACUCCUUGGAAAAGAGAAGGCCAAGGAGAAGUACAAGAAUCGUGAGCCUCUGAUGCCCUCACCACAGUUCAUUAAAUCCUACUUCAGUUCUUUCACAGAUGAUAUAAUCUCCCAACCUUUGCUUAAGGGUGAGAAAUCAGAUGAAGAUAAGGAUAAGGAGGGAGAGGCUUCUGAAGUAAAAGAAAACUCUGGCUAUUUGCGAGCAAAACAAUAUAUGGAAGAAGAGAACUAUGACAAAAUUAUCAGUGAAAGCACGAAAGAAAUUGAAGGAAAGGGAAAAUACAUGGCAGAGGCUUUGCUUCUGCGAGCUACUUUCUACUUACUUAUUGGCAAUGCGAAUGCUGCCAAACCAGACCUAGAUCAGGUCAUCAGCAUGGAAGAUGCAAAUGUGAAGCUUCGAGCUAAUGCUCUGAUCAAACGAGGAAGUAUGUAUAUGCAGCAGCAGCAACCUGUGCUGUCCACUCAAGACUUUAACAUGGCUGCUGAUAUUGAUCCUCAGAAUGCAGAUGUUUACCACCAUCGAGGACAACUGAAAAUCCUGCUUGACCAAAUUGAAGAGGCUGUGGAAGACUUUGAUGAAUGUAUCCGAUUGCGACCCGAUUCUGCCUUGGCUCAAGCACAGAAAUGUUUUGCUCUGUAUCGCCAAGCUUAUACAGGAAAUAAUCCUUUGCCUGUGCAAGUAGCCAUGAAAGGCUUUGAAGAUGUCAUUAAAAAAUUUCCAAAGUGUGCUGAAGGCUAUGCGCUCUAUGCUCAGGCACUAACUGAUCAACAGCAGUUUGGCAAGGCUGAUGAAAUGUAUGAUAAAUGCAUUGACCUUGAGCCGGACAAUGCCACUACAUAUGUUCAUAAAGGUUUACUUCAGCUCCAGUGGAAGCAAGAUUUAGACAAAGGGUUAGAACUCAUAAGCAAGGCCAUUGAAAUUGAUAACAAAUGUGAUUUUGCAUAUGAAACCAUGGGAACGAUUGAAGUGCAAAGAGGCAAUCUGGAUAAAGCCAUUGAAAUGUUCAACAAAGCUAUCAACCUGGCCAAAUCUGAAAUGGAGAUGGCCCACCUCUACUCACUCUGUGAUGCUGCCUAUGCCCAGACAGAAGUUGCAAAGAAGUAUGGAUUGAAACCACCAACACUGUAAAGAAACGAGGAAGAAAUGACCUUCUAAAGUGAAGUUGCCCACUUCAGCUGGCCCUAAAGACGUUGUUGCAGACCAUGUUGAAUGGUGGAACUUAGUUUUUUUCCGUUCGUGGUGUUGUCAUUUGCUACAUCUGUUAAAUGUUUAGGUGUUGUGGGAGUGGUUGUUCAAGGAAGUAUACAGUGUUGCAUCUUGUUCCUUCUGCAGCAAAACCCUUGAAGCCUAUUAAGGGAAAUAAAGUUGCAGGGGAACAACAGGAAGGUAUUUUGGCCAUGCAAAUAAAAACUUCACAUU